AAUCUACAUUGUAGGAAACCAUUCCUUCAGUGCUGGAGCGAGAGUCUUUUCACUGAUAACCACCUGCAGAAAACUGUGCGUUUCUGCGGCGAAUUUCCUCAAGGCUUGAAAGUGUCCAAUAUGUGUCGGAUCUAACGACUGUGGAGGAAACAAGGAAUAUCGGGCUGUUGGUGGAUGUGGACACCCCAACUGUGGACAUGCAAAAGAUAGUGAAAUUAUCCCUUUUAUUUCUGCUGGUUUUAUGGGGCUGUGCGCUCGGAGGCUCUCCCAGUGUUCAAAUUGGGGGACUCUUUCCAAGGGGCGCGGAUCAGGAGUACAGCGCUUUUCGGAUAGGAAUGGUUCAGUUUGGCACCUCGGAAUUCAGAUUGACGCCUCACAUUGACAAUCUGGAAGUGGCCAACAGUUUCGCUGUGACCAACUGUUUCUGUUCGCAGUUCUCCAGAGGGGUCUAUGCCAUUUUUGGAUUCUACGACAAGAAGUCUGUGAACACCAUCACGUCGUUCUGCGGGACCCUGCACGUCUCCUUCAUAACACCCAGCUUCCCUCUGGACGGGACUCAGCAGUUCAUCAUCCAGAUGAGGCCCGAUAUCAAGGGGCCGCUGCUCAGCCUCAUCGAAUACUACAAGUGGGACAAGUUUGCCUACCUGUACGACAGCGAUCGAGGCCUGACGACGCUGCAGGUUGUUCUGGACACAGCGGCGGAGAGGAAGUGGCAGGUGACCGCCAUCAACGUGGGGAAUCUGAAGGACGAGAGGAAGGACGAGGCCUACCGCUCGCUGUUCCAAGACCUGGAGAACAAGAAGGAGAGGAGGGUGAUCCUGGACUGUGAGCAGGAUAAAGUGAAAGACAUCAUGGAGCAGGUUAUCACAAUUGGUCGGCAUGUAAAAGGCUACCACUACAUUAUAGCCAAUCUGGGUUUCGUUGAUGGUGACCUGUCGAAAAUCCAGUAUGGUGGCGCCAACGUGUCUGGCUUCCAGAUUGUGGAUUUUGAUGAUCCAUUAGUUUCCAAGUUUGAUCAGAGAUGGGAGGCUCUAGAGGAGAAAGAAUAUCCUGGUGCUGACAGUAAAAUAAGGUACACGUCAGCAUUGACCUACGACGCCGUGCAGGUGAUGACAGAGGCCUUCCGCUACCUGCACAAGCAGCGCAUUGACAUCUCCAGGAGGGCCAACAACGGCGACUGCCUGGCCAACCCCGCGGUGCCCUGGUCUCAGGGAGUGGAGAUCGAGCGAGCGUUGAAACAGGUACGUGUGGAUGGCCUGACAGGGAACAUCCAGUUCGAUCAGCAUGGGAAGAGGGUCAACUACUCAGUCAACAUAAUGGAGCUGAAGAACAAUGGCCCUGUAAAGAUUGGAUACUGGAACGAAGUUGACAAAAUGGCUGUAACCAAAUCAGACGUCUUUGCAAAUGACACGACGGGAAUGGAAAACAAAACAGUUAUCGUCACUACCAUUCUGGAAGCGCCGUAUGUAAUGCUGAAAAAGAACGCUGACCUUUUUGUAGACAAUGAUCGCUACGAGGGUUACUGUGUAGAUCUGGCUGCAGAGAUAGCGAAGCAUUGUGGCUUCAAAUAUCAACUGAAAAUAGUGGGGGAUGGGAAGUAUGGAGCCCGCGAUGCAGAAACCAAAAUCUGGAACGGCAUGGUUGGAGAGUUAGUGUAUGGGAAAGCGGACAUAGCGGUGGCUCCACUGACCAUCACUCUGGUACGAGAGGAGGUGAUCGACUUCUCCAAGCCCUUCAUGUCUCUUGGGAUCUCUAUCAUGAUCAAGAAGCCUCAGAAAUCCAAACCAGGCGUCUUCUCCUUCCUGGACCCGCUGGCUUACGAGAUCUGGAUGUGCAUAGUUUUCGCCUACAUCGGCGUCAGUGUGGUUCUCUUCCUGGUCAGCCGCUUCAGCCCGUACGAGUGGCACACCGAGGAGUACGAGGACGGGCAGAUCCAGACCAACGAGUCGACCAACGAGUUUGGGAUAUUCAACAGUCUGUGGUUCUCUCUUGGAGCCUUCAUGCGACAGGGCUGUGACAUCUCACCCAGAUCUCUCUCUGGUCGCAUUGUUGGCGGCGUGUGGUGGUUCUUCACUUUAAUCAUCAUCUCCUCCUACACGGCUAACCUGGCUGCCUUCCUGACGGUGGAGAGGAUGGUCUCCCCCAUUGAAAGUGCAGAGGACCUGGCUAAACAGACUGAGAUAGCCUACGGGACUCUGGACUCUGGCUCCACUAAAGAGUUCUUCAGGCGUUCAAAAAUUGCCCUGUUUGACAAAAUGUGGACAUACAUGCGCAGCGCAGAGCCCUCGGUGUUUGUGAAAACCACAGCCGAGGGGGUUCUGAGGGUCCGCAAGUCGAAAGGGAAGUAUGCCUACCUGCUGGAGUCCACCAUGAACGAGUACAUCGAGCAGCGAAAGCCCUGUGACACCAUGAAGGUGGGAGGGAACCUGGACUCCAAAGGCUACGGGAUUGCCACGCCGAAGGGAUCCUCAUUAAGAAAUGCGGUUAACCUCGCAGUACUAAAACUGAAUGAGCAAGGCCUGUUGGACAAAUUGAAAAACAAAUGGUGGUACGACAAAGGAGAGUGCGGCAGCGGGGGAGGUGAUUCCAAGGAGAAGACGAGCGCCCUCAGCCUGAGCAACGUGGCUGGGGUCUUCUACAUUCUGGUCGGAGGGCUUGGUUUGGCCAUGCUGGUGGCCUUGAUUGAGUUCUGUUACAAGUCCCGAGCCGAGGCGAAACGAAUGAAGGUGGCAAAGAAUGCACAGAAUAUUAACCCAACUUCCUCGCAGAAUUCACAGAAUUUUGCAACUUAUAAGGAAGGUUACAACAUGACCUUUGGAGAUGCCAUGAGGAGUAAAGCGAGACUUUCCGUAACUGGGAGCACUGGGGAGAAUGGUCGGGUGAUGACUCCAGAGUUUCCUAAAGCUGCCCAUGCUGUCCCUUACGCGAGACCUGACAUGGGACUAAACGUCAGCCUGACAGAUCUGUCCUGAUUGAUGAGAAACUUCUGAGUGCCUUACAAUGGUUUCAACAGAGCGAUUUUUUUUCCUCUUUUUUUUUUCCUUUCUUGGCUUUCCCUCCCUCCUUCGUUUCUGGCGCUUUUCCUCUCUCUGUCUGGUGAAAUAGGUAGGGGAUGGAGGCUUCAUAUCAUCUGUCACGAAGAUUUGUAUUUUUGCUCUCGCUCUCUAUUUCUCACCAUACAAAAGGCCUCUCUCUCUGUGGGUGAAUCACAUCUUGGAAUACAAAAGGAGGCUCUUUUUCUAAGCUGGUGACACCAUGCUUUCCUAUCUGUCUACUUGGAUUGGACUGGACUAAGGUGAAAACAAGUUCUUGACUGACGGCAAUGGCUGCUUCUGGGAGUUUCAGUCAUCUCAACUGUGUGUGUGUGUGUGCAUCUGGGUGUGUGUGUGUGUGUGUGUGUGUGUGUGUGUGUUUGUGUGUGCGCGUGUGUGCGUGUGUGCGUGCGUGUGAAUGUGUUUGGUGGGGGUGUCAUCGUCGAGACAACACAGUGUUUCUUGUAGCCACCACCACCAAACCUGGGAUUUUCAAGCACACUUGACAUCAUCUGCAUCAAGAUGUGAAAUUGUCCAUUUUUUUUCUAAGAAAAUUAAAGAAAAGUUUAUUGAAAAAAAAAAUAUUUUUAUGUAUUUUCACAAAAUAGCUUUUAAAUAAACUUGCUUACAUACUGGUUGGAUAUAAACAUCUUAAUGUGUGAGUAUAUUGAGAGAAAAAAUACUAAACAGCUUCUAGUUCCAUAUUUUUAAAGCCAAAUACAUUGCUUAUGGGGGUGAGAUGUUCAAAUCAUGUAAUUUAUUCCUAUUCUAAACUUUCCUGUAUAUCUUAUUCUUUAACAUUUGGUGUUGAUAUGAAAUAUUUGUCAAUGCUUGACAUUUGGAACCAAUCCUUCUAUGUUUUACUUGUUCGAGUUGGUGCCGCAAUUCUGUUUUAAUUUUGUCUAUUUGUUUGCUUCAGUGCUUUUGCUGUUUGUAUUUUUUCUGACGAGGACCAGGGUAGUUGUCCAACUUUCACGAGGAAAUGAAUCCGUUUACACAUCAUGAAUGCAAAAAAAGAAAAAAAAAAAAAAGAAAAAGAAGAAGAAGAAGUAAAAAAAGAGUACGGUAUUACUGCAUCACAUUCUGAAGCGAAAUCAAAAGAGGCAUCAACAUCCACAUGGUUGAAAUGGUGGUAUAAAAUGCCAAAUAAGUUCGAGUGCCAAAUUCUAGUGCCAGUAGAUAUGAAUAUAGUCUUAAUAUAAUCAAUCACUGUCAUCUCAGUGAAUGUAGAUGAUACAUUCUGUAACUUUUGUAACUAAAUGUACAGUUGGUGGCAAUGACAGUGCUAAUACAAUAGCCUUUUCGCUUUGUUUUCCAGUCUCCAUGUAUUUUGCAUUGAUCUGACUAUAAAGUAGCACCAGUUGCAUGUUGUUGCCGCAAAAACAUGGGUUAAUUUUUCUGAUGCCAAACAUGCGUUUCCAUUUUAAUGUUGAAGUUGUGAGAUUAACUGUUUGAGAUUGGAAAUACAAUGUUAGACAUAUACACAAUAUAUAAAUAUAUAUAAAUAUAAAUAUAUACAUAUAUUUUAUAUAAAAAGUAUAAAUAUUAAAAAAUUAUAGCCCCUUUUUCCAUUACUGUGUCAAAACUAAUCGGUUUACACGAUUAACGCUUAAUUUAAACAUGAAAAUUCGGCAAAUACACUAUACAGUUUUCUAUGUCUGUACAUUUUUUCUGAAGGAUGCAUUAUUAUGGAUACCAUAAAUAGUUAUUUUGACACACACGUUAUACAGACGAGCACUUCUAAUUUUGGCACAUGUGAGAGGUUGUAGUCAUGAAAGUGUUUUUAAAUUUUAGCCUUUGUUAUUAUUUAAUUUUUUUCAUCUUUUUUUUUUUUUUUUUUUUUUUUUUUUUUUUUUUGAAACCUGAAAUUGACCUGCGAAGAGCCCUCCACUCCAGCGGAAAAGGGAGGCACAAUGUAUUAUUACUAUCACUGUUGCUUUUGUAAUCAAAAAUAGAAAGAUAGACUAUGUAAUCGCUUAUCAAUCUCAUUGCAUAUUCAGGCUAUUCUCACUGACAUUUUGUAUAUGGAAUGUGUGCUAACUUGUUUACUUUUUGGGACUCUUUCUAAAUAAAAGUGGCUAAUCUCUUGUUA